ACAUUGCGCAACAUCAAAGUGAGUCUGCACUCCGCCUCCUCUUCGCAGGUUUUCCCGACCCAGACCGGACCAGCACUCAUUCAUCCAGCACUCGCUGAAACUGCGGCAUUUCUCCCUCCCGCCCCAACCGUAGCCUGGAGAGCAGCGAUGUUUUCCUGCAGAGCGGCGUGGCAAAAGUGCGGGCCUCUGGCGCGGAAAGCAGCCUUCAGGUUGCCCCGGGAUGUUGUGCAGCGGCGACCGAUGUCAUCGGUCCCCGGAGUGUCCGGGCAGAACAUCCUCUACGCCGUGCUGUGUGGUGGCGCCACGGUUGCCGGCUUGUCAUACACCUACAGCACUAUGAGCUCGGACGGCGACAGGUUCAACGAUCGCAUCGCAGAACUCGACGCGCGGCCCAGGGUCGACUGGGUACCUAGACCCUGGCCCCCUAAGAGCAGUGACGGAGACGAGGCUGGAGAGGAGGAGGAAGCGGCAGCCGAGGAGGAAGCGGCAGCCGAGGAGGCCAGCGCAGAGGUUGGCGGAGAGGAGGUCGCUGAAGUCAUCGCCGAGGCGGCAGAGGUCGUCGUCGCGGAGGAAGUAGCCGAGGCGGCGCAGGAAGUGGAGGCGGUCGCGGAAGAAGUGGCUCACGCUGCCGAAGCGGUCCAGGCGGCUGCAGAACCGGCCGCCGCCGCCGAGGAGGCCGACAGCAACGUGCCGCUGGCAGCUGCCUCCACUGUAGAUGUACCAAAGGUCACGGAGGAGGCGACUAAGCCCGCAGAAGAGGUCCCUGCACUGGUAGAGGCUGCACCUGCUGAAGAGGCCCCUGCACCGGUAGAGGCUGCACCUGCUGAAGAGGCCCCUGCACUGGUAGAGGCUGCACCUGCUGAAGAGGCCCCUGCACCAGUGGUUGAAGAAGCCUUGGCAGCAGUCGAACUGGAUGUUACCACAACUGCGGCUGAAGAAGCAGUCGGCGCCGCAGUUGAAGAAGAAGUUGCAGCAGCCCCCGCUGCAGACGUGAGCCCCGUGGCGGCGGAAGAGGCAGCCGCCGAGGCCUUGGCCCAAGUUCCAAAGAGAGAGUACAUUGUCGUGGUCCUGGAAGGAGCACCUAAAGCUGACAGAUCGCCCACGGUGCUUGGAGUGGGGCCCACGACGAGUAGAAUCAUCCGAGCUCCAGAAGACGAACCUGCUUCUGAGGGUAGGCGACGCCUUCUUAGGAUGCAAAUGCAGUAGUUCCAAAUAAGUGAACGGCUUCCUGAACGAUGGCUCUCUAUCCCGCAGGAGAUGGAUGUGCCUUUCUCCGACACUUUCGCCAUACUCCCCUUUUAACCGUAAACAACGACAACGUAGAAGGGACUAAUACUAAAUGUAGUUCCGGUGUCCAGAUAGACAUACAGCACCGUGUUCAGUGCAGCCAUCAAACCCACAUAUGAGCCCAUGACUGUGACACUCCACACUGACUUGCACGUCCCAGAUGAGCCCACACUGACCUCGUCGAUAUCUUUUAGUCGCCUCAAUAACAUUAUUAUUGUAACUUCAACUGAUUCAUUCAGUCACCCUUUAUUUUGUGUUGCUC